AUGUCGGACUUCUGCAGGACGUGUGCAUUGCGCACUCAGCGUUCAGCUGUCUCUGCCCUUCGUCGCAACACCCAGACUCGCUCCUUUACCGCCUCGACCUCUGCGCAAAAGAACAAUGCCGCCCUGCCGACCUUCGCAGAAACCUCAUCUCCCGAACUUGACGAUGUUCUCCUUCAACUCCGCACAAAACACUUCAUACCUGCCUACUUGAACAAGCGCCAGCGCCACCUCAUCUUCGGCGACAAGUUCAAGCAAGAACUCGAGAAUAACCCUGCAUACGCCACUCUCGGCGAGGAGGAGAUUCCUCUCAAGCACAUUGAUCGCAGAAGCGAAAUCCCUGCUCGCAAACCUCUGGUCCUACAAGCCCUCCGUUUGAUCGAGGAGAACGAUGAAUGGCGUCAAUUGCCCUCCCUGCUAGAAGGUCUACACAAGGCUCGCCCUACCCCGGAUCUGGUUCUGCAAGAGAGGAUUUUGAGAAAGUUGCAGCUUAACGAUCAGUUCCCCGUCAUUCUGCGCUCGCUGCGACGAUCGAAUGCUACUGGUCUUACCCUCAAGAACGACGCCGUAUUAAACCAAGUUCUCAACGCAUUGCGUGAGACUGCCUCUCUGGAGAACUGGGAGCAGACUCGUCUGGAAAGAUCGUUGAAGCAUGCAAGCGAAUUGGCCGAACUGCUGGAGUCUACCGACCACGGAUCAGGAAGAAAGCUGUCACCAAACGAUGCCAGAACACGUCCUGCAGUCAUUGGUCUUUUCCUCGAGUUGCACGCUGUCUACGCAUCGCAAUAUCAGGGUGGUAAGGACGUCGAUGGAAAGGUCAAGGCCUACGCCACGAGAUUCAUGGCCACCUUCAACGAGUCCAACCAGCCUGCCGAGACAGAUCUCCCCGAAGUCGGUGCUCCGAUCGAGUUCCUCUCGAAGAUGUCCAUUUACCAUGGUCUUAGCCUUGCUUCCAAGAUCCUUGGAGGAGAAAUGCCCGACGCUCCUCGCGCAAACCAGAUUGUUCAGCAGUACGAGCAAAGAUUGAGCACCUUGGCUGCCGCUCUCUCCGCAAGAAACCCCGAGCCCCACAGCUUCGCAGCGUCAAGUUUGAGAGCUUGGGAUGCCUGCGUGAGGUAG